AAAAAAGCAACAAAGAAAAAUCUCAUCAAAAUCUCAUUAAAAACUAACAAAAAAGUACAAAUUCACCUAAAAAUUGCUCAAAACUUGUUACAAAAAUCCGUCCUUUGUUAAGUUUUAAUUUUAUUUUCUUUGUUACGAUGAGUGAUUUGCUCAAUUUCAACGAUUCCUCGCCCUCGGAGUCAAUAAUUCAACAAAAUAUCAAUUCCUCGCCCCGCAAAAGUCUCGAUAACAACCCAUUUGAUCGUGUUUGCAAGCAAGUCGAGAACUUUUCCGCCGAUCCCUUCGAAUUUGUGGCAGCUCAAAGCAAGAAUUUCAAACCUGUGAUUUCGUGCAUUCGUACGGGAAACCUUUUGGGACUCGGCGACGAGAGUUUCGACAAGGAGAAUAACAAUAAUGAGGGAAAUAUUUCGCCCGCAAAGAGUGCCGAGAAGAAAAUUUCUCGUCGCUCAACUACAGAUUCGGGCAAAAAACGCGACAGUUUGUUGAAAUUGAGCAUCGUAAAUGCAUCAAAGUCGGCUUUGACACACAACGAUGUCGUCGCGGAGAAUCAAAUUGGCGAAAAGUGGAUGAACAUGGAUAUGCCGGAUGACUCCUUCAACGAUCUGAUGAAGCAAGAAUGUGUUCUCGUGGAUGCUGUCGACUCGGAUAUGUCCCUGAAUGACUUUGAAAGUGAACUUAACAUUCCAAUGUUGAAGGAAUUGGCGUCGAAAAAGGACGAAGAGACAUCCGAAACGUCAAAAAGUGACGAAAAAUCGCCCGUAAAUGAGACUCACACGAGUAUCAUUGAUCGAGCGAUCGCCAAAUUGAACGAAAUUAAGCUCGCAAAGUCCCGUCAAACGAAUUUGGAUGACACAAUGACAAAAUUAAAGGAGAUGGUAUCAAAAGUUGACACAAAUGGCAAUGGAGAGGCGUCUCAAUUGGUCGAACAGUUGUGUGCGGCCCUCAACAAAUCAGGAAAUAGCAAUAAAAAUACUCUUGAACCGCCUCCCGUGAUGGUUCGACAAGGCACAUUCGACAUUGACAAGGAAGAAAAUGACGAAUCGACUGAAAUGCCUCUCGCGGGAAGUGAUUCGCCGCAGCUACAAAGCGUAAUUGACAAAUUGAGUGAAGUUUUGGGCAACGUGAAUGUCAUUCAGAGUCCCGACAAUCCUCAAGCGGCAAAUCCUGUCGUUGUUGUUGUCGUAAAUAAUCCCGAUGUCGGAUACGGAGGCAUGUCAGAUACAGUAACUCUCGCUCAGCAUCACAAUUUUAACACGCCACAGCCUAAAAUGCGCACGAGACGAAGUCAAAGCUUCAGUAGCGCUUGUCGCCCGAAUACCGUCGCUCCGAGUGCAAUGCGACGAGAGUCAAUUGCUGUCGCGACGCCUCAGAGAAACAACAUUAACGUCACAAGACGAAGUUUUUCCUUCAAUUCUCCAGCUGCGGCGAAACCAGUUGUUGCGAAACGAACGUCAAUUGUUCCCUCGACUACUUUUAAUCAAAAAAGUGCCUUAACUACGAUGAAAAAACCCGCCGUUCCCCCAUCUACGGCUCCAAAUCGCAUGAGUUUCAUGGAUAAAUUGAAGCCCAAAAUUGGAAUUCAACAAAAAAAGCCGACAACGAUCACAACGAGAAACGGUCCGAUGAAAGUCGUGUACAAUCCGCGUGAUAAAUCGCCCAAUUCUUCGGUUAAUUCGACAAUCAAAUCCUUAUCGAGUACGUUAAAUCGCUCCGUUCAACCUCCGAUUGCGCAAUCGACGCCCAUGUCUCGUUUCGCGACACCGCAAAAACCUUCGCGAUUGUCCAUCGUUACGCCAAAUCGCCCAACGACAGCAGCUUCGACCUUAACUGUCCCCAAAAACCCGGCGGGAACGAAUAUUCGACGUCGCAGUUCAUUCAACGACAAGGAAAAGCCCGUUUUGAAUGCGAAACCGAAAUUAACUGUAACUCGCCCAAGUACGGGAGGGCUUUUAACACAGCGAAAGUUUCCUUCGGGAGUGUCAACAGCCUCUUCGGCGACAGGAACGACGAGAACAAGCACAUCACGGGCUCCAAUGACACUGAAAAUGAGAAAAUAAACGAAGAAAAUGAUGACAAGUACUUAUUAGCUUUUGACGAAAUGGAGUUUGACUGCCAUAUUUUUACAGGAUGCCGCUUCUAGCCAUAAAAAAUAAAUGUUUUUAA